CGGCCGCGGUGGCAUCAAGAUGGCGGCAGCGGCUGUUGCAGCGGCAGCAGCGGCGGCGGCGGCUGCAUCUCUUCAGGUGCUGGAGAUGGAGAGCAUGGAGACGGCCGCUGCCGGCUCGGCGGGGCUGGCUGCCGAAGUCCGAGGCAGCGGCACGGUUGACUUCGGGCCGGGGCCCGGGAUCUCUGCAAUGGAGGCGAGCGGGGGCGAUCCGGGCCCAGAGGCCGAGGAUUUCGAGUGCAGCUCUCACUGCUCAGAGCUGUCCUGGCGGCAGAACGAGCAGCGGCGCCAGGGCCUCUUCUGUGACAUUACCCUGUGCUUCGGCGGUGCCGGAGGCCGCGAGUUCCGGGCCCACCGCUCGGUGCUGGCUGCCGCCACUGAGUACUUCACGCCCCUGCUCUCAGGCCAGUUUUCCGAGUCCCGCUCGGGCCGGGUGGAGAUGCGCAAGUGGAGCUCCGAGCCGGGGCCCGAACCCGACACAGUGGAAGCCGUUAUCGAAUACAUGUACACCGGGCGCAUCCGAGUCAGCACUGGCAGUGUGCACGAGGUGCUGGAGUUGGCCGACAGGUUCCUAUUAAUUCGUUUAAAAGAAUUUUGUGGAGAAUUUCUCAAGAAAAAGCUUCAUCUCUCAAACUGUGUGGCCAUUCAUAGCUUAGCUCACAUGUACACCCUGAGCCAGCUUGCUCUGAAAGCUGCUGAUAUGAUACGGAGAAAUUUCCACAAAGUAAUUCAGGAUGAAGAAUUUUAUACUCUACCUUUCCAUCUCAUUCGAGACUGGCUAUCAGACUUGGAAAUUACAGUUGAUUCUGAAGAGGUUCUCUUUGAAACAGUUUUGAAGUGGGUUCAGAGAAAUGCUGAAGAUAGAGAGAGAUACUUUGAAGAACUUUUUAAAUUGCUCAGGUUGUCCCAGAUGAAACCUACCUACCUUACUCGGCAUGUCAAACCAGAGAGGCUGGUAGCCAGUAAUGAAGUUUGUGUCAAGUUGGUGGCUGAUGCAGUGGAGAGGCAUGCCCUGAGAGCUGAGAAUAUACAAUCUGGCACCUUCCAGCACCCUGCUUCUCAUGUCUCCUUAUUACCUCGUUAUGGGCAAAACAUGGACGUGAUCAUGGUUAUUGGAGGUGUGUCAGAAGGAGGGGACUAUUUAAGUGAAUGUGUGGGCUAUUUUGUUGAUGAGGACAGAUGGGUAAACCUGCCCCAUAUUCAUAAUCACCUUGAUGGACAUGCAGUUGCAGUAACAGAGUCCUAUGUGUAUGUUGCUGGAUCAAUGGAACCAGGGUUUGCUAAAACCGUAGAAAGGUAUAACCCAAAUUUGAAUACAUGGGAACAUGUUUGUAGUCUGAUGACAAGAAAGCAUUCUUUUGGGCUGACAGAAGUCAAAGGGAAGCUCUAUAGCAUUGGAGGACAUGGCAACUUUAGUCCUGGUUUUAAAGAUGUGACUGUUUAUAAUCCUGAGCUUGAUAAAUGGCACAACUUGGAAUCGGCACCAAAGAUUCUUCGAGAUGUCAAAGCGCUAGCCAUUGAAGACCGCUUUGUGUACAUUGCUGCCCGCACUCCCGUGGACCGGGACACUGAAGAUGGAUUAAGGGCUGUAAUUACUUGCUAUGAUACAGAGACUCGACAGUGGAAAGAUGUGGAGUCUUUGCCCCUUAUUGACAAUUACUGCUUUUUCCAAAUGUCUGUGGUCAAUUCAAACUUUUAUCAGACAGCAUCGUGCUGUCCCAAGACUUACUCUUUAGAAAAUGAAGAGGCCAUAAGAAAAAUUGCCAGCCAAGUGUCUGAUGAGAUCCUUGAAAGCCUGCCUCCAGAAGUCCUAAGCAUCGAAGGAGCAGCCAUUUGCUAUUACAAAGAUGACGUCUUCAUUAUUGGAGGCUGGAAGAACAGUGAUGAUAUUGACAAACAGUAUCGGAAAGAAGCCUACCGAUACUGUGCUGAGAGAAAGAGGUGGAUGCUUCUUCCUCCCAUGCCACAACCUCGUUGUAGAGCCACUGCUUGUCAUGUGAGAAUCCCAUACCGGUACUUGCAUGGCACACAGAGAUAUCCUAUGCCUCAAAACCUAAUGUGGCAGAAGGACCGCAUCAGACAGAUGCAGGAAAUACAUCGGCAUGCCCUAAACAUGCGGCGAGUGCCAAGCUCUCAGAUUGAAUGCUAGAUUCUCUAAUACAUGCAGCGUAAGACUGUUAUACCUGUUUCGUGAAGCUGAAGAUAAACAGACUGUUAUUUGAAAAAGUAUGUCGAUAACUUAUUUUCUACCUGAACUGAUUAUUACCCCUCAACAAGGAAGUACAGUUAAAAACUGAAGAAUGGGAAACUCAGUUCAAUACGUGGUAAUUUUUGUUAGCUUGC